AUGCCCAUUCCGUCGCCGAUAUCCUCAACCGCCGCUGCCUCCGCCGCAAAUUCUGUUCUAGACGGACUCUCACUCUGCAAAACACUCAGUCACGUCAAGCAACUCCACGCGCACAUCCUCCGCACAGUGUUAGACCACCGACUCAACUCCUUUCUCUUCAACCUCUCCUCCUCUUCUUCCUCCAUCAGUCUCAAAUAUGCUCUCUCCCUCUUCUUGUCUGUCCCUACUCAGCCGGAAUCCAUCGUGUUCAAUCCCCUUCUCCGGAUUCUCUCUCGCUCCGGUGAAUUUAGAGCGACGAUCUUGUUCUACCAGAGGAUAAGACAUGCCGGUGGUCGUCUCGAUCAAUUCAGCUUCCCUCCGAUUCUUAAAGCAGCCUCUAAAGUCUCGGCCUUUUUCGAGGGUAUUGCCGAUGCGGUCUUUUAG